GUUCAGUUUUAACUGUAUCCCAGUGAAGACGAAAUAAUAUUUUUAAAAUUUUAAACGAACCGAAAUUUUCUUUUACCUCAAAAAAAAAAAAAAAAAAUACUUUUAUUAUAACGAGUCUAAAAUUUAAAUACAAAAAAUGCCAUUGCAACCGAUAAAAUUUUACUAUGAUUUUAUAAAUCAAUCCAGUCGUGCUUUAUAUAUACUUUUGCAAGCAUCGAAGGUUCCGUAUGAAGCGGUUCCAAUUUCGGUAUUAAAAGGUGAACAUUUGACCGGAGAAUUUCGGGAUAAAGUAAACAGAUUUAAAAAGAUUCCAGCCAUUACCGACCAUGGAUUUCAAUUAUCAGAAAGUGUUGCUAUAUUCCGCCAUUUGUCUCGAGAAAAACUUGUGCCAGAACACUGGUAUCCUCGCAAAAAUUUGGGUCGCAGCCGUAUCGAUGAAUUUCUUGAGUGGCGUCAACGUAACAUGGGUUUGGCGUGUACCGAUUAUUUUCAGCAAAAGUGGCUAGUGCCAUACUUGCAAAAAACCAGACCUAAUGAUAAUUCGGUGAAUGUAGCAGCAAAACAACUUGAGCACACACUUAAUGAUUUUGAAAAUCUCUUUUUGCAUUCCAAAAAGUUUAUGGUCGGAGAUACUGUUUCAUUUGCUGACUUAGUGGCAAUUUGUGAAAUUGAUCAGCCAAAAUACAUUGGAUUUAACCCAUUUGCCAAUCGCAAUAAAUUAUCAAGAUGGUAUCAAUCGGUUCAAGAAGAAUUAGGACCCUACUACAAAGAAGUUACAGAUAAUUUUGAGAAUAAACUGAAAUCUGCUGAAAAGGAUCAUAAAGAAGCAAUUUCAUUGAAACAAUAACAACAAACAACGUCAUUUGUUUUUUCAUUACUACUUUGUAAAUUAUUAGUUAUUAAGUUGUAUUGUUAUUUUCAUGUUUAUUGUUUA